AUGACUAAUUUUGAUUUUCAUGAUGUGGGAAGUAUUAGACCAAGGCUCACUUGGUGCAAUAAUAAGGAAGGAGCAUCCAGGAUAUGGGAAAAGCUGGAUAGGUGUCUUCUGAAUUCAGCUACUCUCCAAUUGCUUCCUUCGACUGCUAUUAGACAUCUAGCAAGGGUGGCUUCGAAUCAUAGUCCUAUUGCCUUCAAGUUGGAUGACAAGAUGAAGAAUGAUUUUGGAGAUAAAGGUAUGGUUCUUCAAAGGAAGAUUAAUAGAACUUUAAAAGCUCUAUUUUUCUGGAGUAAAAACAAAUGUAAAGACUUGAAUGAGUUAAUGGAAAGGCUGAAAAAGGAUAUUAUGGAGCUUCAGCAUAAGGAAGCCAUGGGAGUUAAUUGGUCAGCUCAUGAUCUUCUUUUACUUAGAAGUUGGCCUGAAACUUUGGCACAUCAGAAGCUGAUUCCUGAGGAAAUCACGGCCCUUAGCACUGAUUUUUCGUUGAUGGAGUUACAGCAUUCAGUCUUCCAGCAAGGGAAUAAUCGAUCUCCAGGUAUGGAUGGUCUCACUUCUUCUUUCUACAAGUAUUAUUUGGAUAUUGUGUGGAAAGAUUUAUGGAAUGCUAUCAAUAGCUUUUUUACAUCUGGUUGUAUGAGAAAGGAUUGGAAGGAUACUUUAAUAGUGCUGAUUGAUAAGGUGAAAAAUCCCUUGCUUCCAUCCAACUAUUGUCCUAUAAGCCUUUGUCUGACUAAUUACAAGAUUGUAGCUACAAUGCUUGUGAACAGUUUGAAGACUUGUAUUCCCAAGUUGAUUACUGAAGAGCAAAUGGCUUUUAUCCCAGGGAGAUCGAUUUCAGAACAUUGCCUUUUGGCUCAGGAGAUUUUUCACAUGUUCAAAGUUUCCAAAAAUAGAAAGGGGCUGAUGGCUUUGAAGUUGGAUAUGGAGCAAGCAUACGAUAGCAUGGGGUGGCCAACUCUUGAUCAUGUUCUUAAAUGGUAUGGCUUCCCUUCUAUAUAUGCUAACCUUAUUAUGGAAUGUAUUGUUGAUGUGAGAUUUUCCAUUAUUAUUAAUGGGAAGAAUUCCAAGUGGAUCAUUGCUCAUAGUGGUUUCCGUCAAGGGUGUCCACUAUCCCCUUAUCUUUACAUCAUGUGCUCUCAAUUGAUGUCUAAUUCCAUAGAACAAAGGGGUCAAAAUAUUGGCAUCCAAAUCUCCCCUAGAGGACCAAGGAUCACUCACCUUUUGUAUGCUGAUGAUGUGCUUAUCUUCUCACAUGUUUCCAAGGAAAUAGCAAAGGAGGUGAAGGGUAUUGUUGAAGACUUUUGCAAUUGGACAGGGCAGAGGAUCAAUGUCAAUAAAUCUCAUAUUAUAUUCGGCCAUGGUGUUAGCAAUCCUAGGAGAAAUAAGAUUGCUAAAGUUUUUGGCUUCAAAGUAGUCAAGGAAAUGAAUUAUCUUGGGAUAAAGAUAUCUCUUAACAGGUUGAAGGCUGAUGACCUUCAGGAUCUUUUAACCAGUGUUAUGGAUAGGCUUAAUGCUUGGGGUAAGAAGUUUCUUUCCAUGGGUGGUAAGAUUACUCUUAUCACUAGUUCUCUUUUUUCUAUGCCUAAUUUUCUAGUUACACAUUCUUUGAUCCCAAAGAGAGUGUUGGUUACAUUGGAAAAGCUUUGUAGAGAUUUCAUUUGGCAUAAACCAGAUGGCAGCCAUAGUAUUCACUAUGUUGCUUGGGAUGAUCUUUGCAAGACGAGAAGUAUGGGAGGGCUGGGUUUGCAGUCUCCUGUGAUGAAAGCUGGGUCGUUGAGAUCAAAUUUGGCAUGGAAUUUUUUACAAAAGCCUGAUACCCUUUUUCACAUAACAAUGAAAGCCAAAUAUGGGAAGAAUUUUAUGAAUGGUACUCAUAAUAAGAUCACUUCUAAGGCUUGGCAGAUUAUAUUAGAUGGUGAAAGACACCUCAAAAAUAUUACCAGAUGGAAAGUAGGCAAUGGUGAGGAGAUAAAUGUAUUGAAUGAUUUCUGGAUUUUAGACAGAUGUUUAAAACAAUGGCCAACCUUUGUUGAUUGUGUUGCUUUGGAGGGAACCUGUGUUCAGCAGCUUAUUCUGGAGUAUGGUCAUUGGAAUUUUCCCUUGCUUCAGGAGGUUUUUCAUCCAGAACUUAUUAUGUUGAUAAAUCAAAUUCAGUUUGAUUCCAGCAGGGAAGAUCGGUUGGAAAUGCAGAAAUUUUGUUCUAAAAAGACUAUUUUUGCCAUGUCUUUUGAUCAUGUGAUAAGAUGUAGGUUCAACUUAAGAGAUGAUGAUUACUGUAAGUGGCUAAAUAAACUCAUGCUCAACAAGAAGGUGGAGAUGUUUUGGCAAAGACUUGGGAAAUCUUCUAUUCCUACGAACCUCUUCCUUAGGAACCAUAAGAUAUCGGGGAUUGAUUCCUGUGCUAGAGGUUGUCAAAUGGUGGGGAGCUAUGAACAUAUUAUAGUUCAAUGCAAGUAUUUGAUUGAAAUCAUUAUGCAGGUGAUUGAAUGGGGUAUCUCCAUUCCUGUCUUUCAUUCCUUGGACAAUUACUUAAAGGAACUUAGGAGAAUAUCAACAAGUAAUCUGGGCAUAGUGAAAAUUUAUUGCACCAUCAUUUACUUAUCUUGGAAAAAUAGAAAUGAUGUUAAGCACAGCAAAGCUGCACUUCCUUGCUAUGUGGUUGCAGCAAAUGCUCUCUCCAUGGCUAUUACCAAGACCUGUCCUUAUCUUUCUAACUGGGGCACUAAUCUCCUUAGGGAGUCUCAAAACACUUGGUGCCCUCCACCGAAAGACUGGAUGAAAAUUAACGUUGAUGCUUCUUUAAUUAGUUCAGGCCAUGCUUGA